UCGUUUUAGCCUCGUUUCCAGAUCGAUGUGGAAAAUGGCGGCCAUCUUGAAAACUUUGCUGGAUCCUGGAGGAGAUUUGAGUUUGGAAAUCGUUCUGCAGUGGCUUAGUCAAGACGGCGACGGGAGGCCGGAUGUUGCUGCUUCCUGUGACCUGCUGACCUGCUGCAGCCAAGACGAGUUUGUGGUUUUCUUUUUGAACUACCUGCGUGACAAGACAGGACAUCUCCUGAGUGGCCGACAGACUGCCGUGCAAACACCUGUCAAAACUCCCUCCUCCAAGCCUUUGAAAGCCAAGGAAUCCAGCAGUGUCUCAAGAAGACCAGCUUCCACAUCAAGAACUCAGUUGUUCUCUGUUAGUCCAAACCCUCGACCGACUGCAGACAUUUCCAACCAGAAUAGUUCUCUUUUUUCCCAAGACUUGUCCAUUUGCGACAGCUUCACUGAUGGGGAAUCUUCAUCCCACUUCUCCAGCAUCCUCCAAAAUAGCAGCAGAAACUCCCCUACUCCUAGUCCUUUCCAUGGUAGGAAAACUCCAAGAGAACAGAAGAUAACCCUAGGAGAAUUUCUUUUUAAGACUCCAGAAUCAGGCAAUAAGAGAAAGAGUCCAAAUCCUGCCAGCCAUGGAAGAAAGGACAAGGACCGAGGAAACUACAGUGCAUCUCCUCACAUUGGCAGGAAGUCUGGAGGAAAGGGAAAGGGAACAGUUCCUGCAGAAACAAAGGAGAUUCAGAUCGGGAAAAGAAGAUCAGAGCCUCCACCACAGCCUCCUGUCUUUAACCUGGGAAACAUGGAGGACUUUCCACCAAUGGGGAGCCCAUCACCCAUGAAGAUAACCCCAUCCAGACGCAUCACCCCAACUCCUGUCACCAAGGACGGUUCUCGGCCCAGCAGUAGAGUGUGCUUCACAUCCACUCCCCUGUCAGAUGCCCCAAACUCCCCAGCAGCACAGGAUCACAGCUCCUUAUUCAGUAGUCCUCCCAAGGCUGUGUCCAGGACAUCUGUACUGCAGGAGGAAAGAGAACUGCUCAAAAUGGAGAGGUCCAGACUGCUAAGUGACAGUGGGCUUACAAAUGCAGACAGUCCUAAAGAUGAGUCCCACCCCGCCCCUUGUAUCACCCCCACCAAGGCAUCCAUACUGACUCCUACCAAGGCUGCCCUCAUCAGACAGUCAAGCGUGAGCGAGACAGUAGCCGACAGGAACCUCGUCACACAUGAGGACGUAAUUUGUACACUUGCAGAGCUGUACUCCCAGUGCAUUCAAGCCAACCUUGCACCCAACCUGGCAGUAGAACUUCACUUCACUAUCCAGCUACUUACCAUAAAAGGUACCGGUGAGACUGGCCCACCAGCCAAGGAGAACCUAGCAGACCCUGAGGACACUAACUACCUGCAGUCUGUCCAUAACUGUGUCCUGUUUGCCACUGUUGUUCUGGAGAAGCAACUCAGAAUAUUGUCACUGCUAGACAAGGGAACAUUAAGACUUCUGGCUGAUAACCCCAGGAUAGGAGCAUUCUCCCCCUCCCUGCAGCAGGCACUCAUAACUGCAAAUGGCACAUGUCCCUUCAGGACAAAGGAGCUGCGCACAGCCUCGCCCAUCUCCAGUGUGCCCUUCCAGUCCGACACAGACAACAGACACAACUUCCCUAGUGACCACUCCUUCCACACUUUCAAGAAGACCAGAGACAAGUUCUAUGAGCUGUUGAGGGAGUGGGAGGAUGAACAUCUGAAGCCUGACUGGUCCAUGCAACUGGCUAUGGGAGAAAGGAUCAGGAUUUUGCUCCACUCAACAGCAGACUUUGCCAGUCUUAUCCACUUUGCCCGUCUGUUUCAGUCACAACUCAUCAGGAUGUGUAAAGGAGACAGCCUUCAGGACCAGGAUGUGGAAGAGGACAUUGCUCUGCUAACUGAGCUGAGGAAGUCAAACCCAGAGAAGCUGAAAAGACUGCAGGAGAGGUUCAUCACCCCCUGGAGGACAGGAGGACCGUGCCCCCCUCCCGCCUUCCCUGGACACCAGGAGUUUUUCAAAAACUUCCUACAGGCAGCAGCAAGUCACGUCUUCAACCAACUGAUAGUUGACAACUUCUCAGCUGAGAUUCAAGAGCUUGACACCUCUCAAUUCGGUCUGCCUGACAACACAGCAGACAGUGUUGACCAGGAACAGAGAGACUCCUAUGCCUCCUGCCUGCUGAACCUGAGAAUUCUGGGAAAGUUCCUGGGUUUCAUUGUCUUCCUGCCUUACCAGAGUCCACAGCUGCUGCCAGAGAGCAUGAUGGCCUCUGCACUCUCUGUCAGGAACAAGGUCUGCCAGCCAAUCGACAUCAUGAAGCACCUACAGGACAGCCUGAGGCAGGGUCGUACCAUCCUGACCAUCCCGUGGGUGGUGGAGUACCUGAGCAUGAUGGACCCCAUGGCUCCCAAACUGGACUCCUACAAGGAAAUCCUCUCCAUUCUCUUGCACAUUCACAGAUCCAUCCACCACUCUCCGUCCAGUUUCCUAUCCACCAGCCAGCUACUGGUGCUGCUGAUGCUAGGCUGGCUGUUCCAGGUCCCAGCUAUCCUGACUAACAUGAUAACCCUCCAUCCUGAUGCUGACGAGCUGGUAGUUCCCAACUUUAACAGGAACAACUGUAUCUCUUUGGACUCCAUUCAGGUGGUUGAUCAGCAGCUUCUCUACACCUGCUGUCCCUAUCUAGGUGAGCUGCGAGCUGUUCUGAUGGAGUAUGAUUCAGGCAUCAGCUCAAAGGGCGGCUCCUUCAGGAAGAUCACACCUCUCUCCUUUAACCAGGAGCCCAAGGAAGUGUCCAAGCAACAAAUACAGCUCCAGUUGGAGGAGAGUUUCUUCCACAACCAGCCUCCGUCCCUGAAGAGAACAGUGGACUUUGUGAUUGAGCGGGUGUCGUCCAACUGUGCCAAACACGUGCGAGCAGCCGUGGUGCAGACCCUGGUCCAGGGCAGGAGGGAGGACCUCAGGACAGGGAUAGGGGACAUCAUCGAGUCUGAGGAGAAGAAACUAACCAAGGAGGAAAGAGCAAGAGAGAAGACCAAAGCCACAAAACCUAUCAUCACAGCUGUGGUGGAGGAAGCCAGACCUCAGGCAGAGGAGGCAGGGAAAAGAUUUUGUGAGACCAAAGUGAUGGAAGCCUUGAACAGCCUGGUGGCAGAAGAGAUAAGCCCACAGGUGGUGAAGACAGCACGAGGGAUUGCCUUCAGACUAGCCAAUGACAAGGUGGUGAGGUGGACAAGGGACAAGGUGCCAGCUCUGAUACAGAAGGAGGUGGAGGCAGAGUAUGAUAGGCUGCUGAAACAGGCAGCAAAACAACAGGCCUGUCCACCCAGAACAAGUGCUGAAGCUGAAGAAAAACCUGAGCUGGAACCAUCUGCAGUGUUGGAAAAACUAAAGGAUUUGCUGGGAAAGGUGUUCUCUCCUGGAGGCAGUCAAAGUGUCUGUGAGAGUGACUUUGUGGAUGUGCUUACCAAGAUCAGAGACUUACUGCAGAGCAGUCAGGAGAUCUUCACCUCCUGGCUGAAGUCCCUGUCCCGCCUGAGUGUAGAAGCCGCUGCUGCUUAUAUAAUUUACAGCCUAGGGAACCAGCAAAGCAAGGUGUUCUCAAGACUUCUGGAGAUCUGGGCCUGUGAUCUGCCCCUCCCUCCUCCCUUCCAGAAUCUUCUGGCUCCUAAAAACAUCUUGUUGUUACAGCAGAGAUCAUCAAACAUGCAGGCCAGCUGGGCAGGAAUGGCGCAGAUCCUCCGCAUGAUAGUUGAGAAGAGAUUGGUGUCUGUACACAAUGUGGACAGCUGGUGGACAUCGCUGCUACAGAACCAGUCACUGCAGGGGUACAGGAGAAACAUUGCAGCUGCUGCCUGUGACUCCAUGUUGGGCUGCCUGUCUGUUCACAAACCUGAUCCAGCAGAAGAAGAGGAGGAUGGGACCUUUGCAGAACUAGCAGAGCUGAUACUGGAGAACAGUGGGCAUGAUGAAACCAUGGCGGGAAAAGUGCAGCAGUGCAUCGAUCUACUCAUAGGUUCUUCUGAUGAUUCCAGACCCUGACUUAGCAAUAUCCGAACAUGGGA